AUGAAGUCGCACAAUCCGGCUGACAACCAGUUCGACAGAUUCGAGCUCUUCCUGCUCGGUGACGGCGAGAAGAAAGUCACCUGGAAGUUGGAUACGCGCGUCCCCAACACAGCCAUCUUCACCUUCAACAAAGAAGACCACACAAUCGGCAACCUGCUCAGCAAGCGACUGCACAAAUACCCGACGGUCAAGUUCGCUGGCUACCAAAUCCCGCACCCGCUGUUCGCGACGUUCGACCUGCGCGUCAGCACCGACGGCUCCGUGUCCCCGAAGGAGGCCAUUGUCCAGGCCUGCCGCGACGUCGUGCAGGACCUUGAGGUCUUUAGCCGCGAGUUCACCAAGGAGAUGGAGCUGAAGAAGAUUGCCAAGGCCGGGGGCGAGGCUUGA